AGACUUUUCUGGGUAACCGAACGUGACCCUAAGUAAGAGGAAUAAGAAUUGGCUGCAUGGUUCAUGCUGGAGAGAUGAGUGGUCUGGGCGAAACCAUUCUGGCCGUGCCCCCCCCACCACCUCCCGUGGAGUGGUUUGUCCCGGCUGGCGCGGGUGCGGAAGCGCUGCCGCUGUGGAUCCCGGCUCGAGACGGAGAUGGAGGAGGCCACGGCCUCAACGCUCGGCGUGGCCGUGGCGAUCGCGUGCAGCCUCCUCAAUGGGACCUCCUUCGUGGUGCAGAAGAUGGGUAUUGGGCGGGCGCAGAGGGCAGGUCACUCUUGCCUCAGGGAAUGGCUGUGGUGGGUCGGCACUCUUACAAUGGCACUGGGCCAAGCAGGAAACUUUGUUGCCUACAACCUGGCUCCAGCAACACUUGUGACACCCCUGGGUGCCUUUGGGAUCCCAUUCGGGGCCGUGCUGGCUUCCUGGCUGCUGGGUGAGCGGCUGUCCCCGCUCGGAAAACUGGGGUGCGUGCUCUGCUGUGUCGGUUGCAUUGAGAUCAUCAUCCACACCCCCAAGGCCAGCGAAGUCCAACGUCUGGCUGAGCUAGAGGACCGCCUCACUGACCCAGUGUUCUGGGCCUAUGUGGCCCUGGUGCUGCUGGUGCUGCUGACGCUCGUGCUGCGAGCGGCGUCUCCCGCCGGAAGCUCCGACGCGCUGGUGCCGAUCGCCAUUUGCUCGCUGUUCGGCAGCUUCACAGUGCCGAGCGCCAAGGGCCUGGGCCUCGCCGUCUCGGAGCUGCUGCCCUCAGCGGCGCCCCCCAGCACGCCGCACGCCCCGCAGCUGGCGCUGGCCGCGGCGGCGGUGCUCACGGUAUCACUGCCGGCGCAGCUGCGGUAUCUGACGUGCGCGCUGGCCGCGUCCAGCUCGGCCACUGUGGUGCCCGUGUACUACGCCGGCUUCACCGUCUCGGUGACGGCGGCAUCCUCCGUGCUGUUUCGUGAGUGGGCCGGCGCGAGCGCGGUAGCGGCGCUGGGUGCGGCGUGCGGUUUUGUGACCGUGUGCGCCGGAGUGGUGCUGGUGGAGGCCUACAGAGACGGUAGCCCCCCCUUGCCGUGCCAGCCGCCACCGAAGCGAGACUGACAUUGGGGCGGUUCUGACGAUGGGCCGACGUGGCCCAUAAAGUUCUCCGUGGCCCGGCGGUAACGCCUUCGCCGCUUGUUGCAAUUCGAAUGCGGCUGGCCACCCUGGUUAUUCCCACAUGUGCAUCACCCGUGAAACACAUGCUGUCUUCUUCGCGAUAGACAUUAAACAUCCCGUGCCAUUUUG